GCUGCGUAUAUAAGGGCCGAGCAGUCCCGGAUCACAGAGGCAUCCCGAGGGGUAACGGCGUGGGGACAAGAUGAAGUCUUGCAUGGGCCUUCUCCUCGCCCUGGCAUUCCUGACGGCUGCCCCGGGCCCCAGGGCAGGCUUUGCCCAGGAGACAGAGUCCGGCUGCUGUGCACAGCUGAAGGAAUUUUCCCAGUGCGGAGCGGACAAGAAGAUCUUUUUCCAGGGCCAGCCAGGGAUCCCGGGAAUGCCAGGCAUGCCGGGGACAAACGGCCUGCCUGGCGCUAAAGGAGAUCCAGGCCCUCAAGGGCCUCCAGGCGAGAAGGGCUCCCCUGGGGCAAUGGGGAAGGCUGGACCCAAAGGAGACAAAGGAGAAGCCAGCAGUUCUGCCAGCUCUCAGCAGCAAGGGGCAGGUGCCAGGAACUGCAAGGAGCUGCUGGAGCAGGGUGAGGGGCUGAGCGGCUGGUACACCAUCCGGCCCGAACCGGGGAGAACGCUGACCGUCUUCUGUGACAUGGAAACGGAUGGCGGGGGCUGGCUGGUGUUCCAGCGGCGCCAGGACGGCUCGGUGGAUUUCUAUCGGGGCUGGGAGGCCUACAAGAGAGGGUUUGGGAACCAAGCAUCGGAGUUCUGGCUGGGCAACCACAACAUCCACCUUCUCACCAGCACCGGGACCUACCAGCUGCGGAUUGAGGCCAGGGACUUCAAUGAGUCCAGCACGUUUGCCAAGUACAGCAGCUUCAAGAUGCUGAGCGAAAGGGAAAACUACACGCUCGCCUUGGGCUCCUACUUGGAUGGCACCAUGGGAGAUUCUCUCUCAGGCCACAACCGGCUGGGGUUCUCCACGUGGGACAAAGACCACGACACCUUUGGGGGCAGCUGUGCCGUCCUCUACAAAGGCGGCUGGUGGUAUGGGCAGUGCCACUCCUCCAACCUCAACGGGCUGUACCUCAAAGGUGAACACAGCUCCUAUGCCAACGGGAUCAACUGGUCCACCGGGAAGGGGCACCACUACUCUUACAAAUACGUGGACAUGAAAAUACGGCCCCAGUAGGCAGCCUCUCUCUCGGGGCUCUACUGAUGCUACAGGGAACCUUCCCCAGGGACCUACUGACUGAACAGCCCUUCUGUGCGGCUAGUAAAUGGGGAACUUGCCAUUAGCUGGGAUCUCGCGUGCUGCUGUGGUACUGCAGCCUGCAAUUCAGUCUCCUGUCCAGGCGCUAGUCCUGCAGGCGGGAUCCCCCAGGGGCUAAAGCAGGAGAGCACACCCCCCUACACAGCUCCUUCAUUUCCUUGGAGGGACCAAUGAGCGCUCUACCUACCUAACCCCCUGCUUGUCCUGCUCUAAGAAAGAUGAGCUGGGAGUCAGGACUUCUGGCCUCUUUUCCCACUGAUCUGCUGCCCCCCUCUCUGCCUCAGUUUCCCCCCUGCUGUAAAAUGCAGGUGAGAAUAUUGGCCCAUCUCACAGCUCAAUAUAAUACAUAAAGGGCUCUGAGAUCCUAGGGUGGGGGGUUGCUACAGAAAUGCAGUGUUACUUUCUUAAAGACGGCCCAUGCAGAAAAGUAAUUCCCUCUGAGUCGAGCUGUACUCUGGCUGAAGGCCAAGCUAUUGCAGCGAAGGCCCUUUUGAGAACCCCAAGCUGGUAUUUUACCAUCUCCAUUAGCCAGUUUUCAGCAGGGCUCGGCCUCCACCGUUGGGGUCAGAUUUUCAGGAGGCCUCCAUGCAAAGUCUGGCCAUAUGAAUUGCAGAGGGAGCAGCUGAUAUCUCAAGGGUCUGGCCCCCGUGGAAGGUGUUUAGAGCUUGAGAACUGACCCAACCAGCCUGAGCCCCAUGGUGAUUUGCGGAUAAGUUGGUAUUUCUCUUCUCUUAUUCUUUGGAAAAUAAAGCACCUACGAUGUUUAGAA